AUGCAGAGUGCUUUGGAUGCUGUUGAUAAACCAGCCAAGAGGGGGAAGAAACCAGAAUCUAAGAAAACUGAGACCGAAGGUCCCUCAUCUCCUAAAAAGCGUAAGGUUGAUAAAGUUGCACCUUCGGCUCCCAAAAAGAAAAAGCUAAAGAAUAUGGUCAAGCGACCAAAGGAACCUUCGCCUAAUGAUUCCAAUGAAAUAAAGCAAUCUGCUGAGGAAGAAGAGGAGGUUCAACAUGAAGGCCCAUCAAGGGGAAACACUCCUCCUCGAUCUCCAACUCCUCAGGUACAACAUGAUGUUCCUACUCCUCCUCCUUCUCCAAAAGAAACCACAAUACCAAUCUCGGUUGCUCCAAUUCCACCGCAUGUCACUUCUCAACCAAUUACUACUACUCCACUACCACCUCCAGUCUUUUCUCAAGCCACAACAACAACAACAACCAUAACAAUUGGACCUUCGGGCAUAACACAUGAUUCACGAGUUUUGAAAGAAGUUGCUUUCAUCUCAACUUUAGGCUUUCCAUUUUCUCCACUAGCGAACUCAACCAGCCGACUCCUGUCGGCCACCUGCCCAUCUUCUUCGUACGACACCAGCAACCAACCAGACUACACUCUAGUAGACUACACUACAGAAGGGAGGGUAUUCUGUAAGAAAGGGUGUAAUGCUGAUGGUGAUACAUGGGAGGAAUGCUUGAGUGAGUGUGAUGAGAUAUGCUACAAAGAUCCAGUCUUGAAAGACCAACAAUGGAGUGCUUACAUUGAUCGCUCUCCUGGUUCUGCUACUUACUCACAGGAUUGCUUUCAUGCUUGUGUCUCGGGCUGUGGUUAUAAGUUUGAUAUUCCAUCUGAAAAAGUUACUGAAGUUCAUCCAAACCGGCCAUUACCACCACCACCACCACCACCUGCCGCCAAAACCAACCCACCACCACCCCGAAAAUCCGGCUCUAUCACUGAAGAUGUACCCAGCACUUCAGCAUAACCACAGUUUUUAUGACACAUGUAAAAUGUGUCAAUUUUGUCUCAAGUUAUUUAACCCAAGGAAUCAGAUGAUUACAUACUGGUUACUUAAGUUUUUUGUUUUUUCCCCUCACCCGGGGGUAUAAACGACUUUUGACAUCUUUUUACCUGUAAAUGGUAAAAAAACCCUAAAAAAAAAAGACGUUAUGUAGGUUUUUAUGAUACCAUUGCCUUGUAAACUUUGGUGACGUGGGAAGAUUUGUUUAUAUAUAAUUGAAUUGUGUUUAUUUUAUGAUACUAAGUUUCUCUGGACUUUUUAAAUCUGUAACGAAAUCUAAAAAGGUGGGAUUGAGACUCUUUUAUUUGUGUAAAAGAUGUCGAUGCUUUAUGUUCUUUAAAUCACUUUAAUAAUCUUCAUGUG